AUGAAGCAAGCAGUGGUGGCGCUAGCCUUGCCGCUGCUCCUCGCGGCGUCGGUCUACGCUUCCGCGCCGCCGGACAGUACGGCGGCCUUCGCCGGAGACGUCCGCGUCGACCUGACGCACGUGGACGCCGGGAAGCAGAUGUCGAGGCGCGAGCUGAUCAGGCGCGCCAUGCGGCGCAGCAAGGCGAGGGCGGCGGCGCUCUCCGUGGCGAGGAGCGGAAACAACGGGCGCCACGCCGGCAAGAGCGCGGAGGAGCAGCAGCAGCCUGGCGUGGCCGUGCGCCCGUCGGGCGACCUCGAGUACCUCGUCGACCUCGCCAUCGGCACGCCGCCGCAGCCCGUGUCCGCGCUGCUGGACACCGGCAGCGACCUCAUCUGGACGCAGUGCGCGCCGUGCGCAAGCUGCCUCCCGCAGCCGGACCCGCUCUUCACCCCGGGCGCGUCGUCGUCGUACGAGCCCAUGCGGUGCUCGGGCCAGCUCUGCGGCGAGAUCCUGCACCACGCCUGCCAGAGGCCGGACACGUGCACCUACCGGUACAACUACGGCGACGGGACCACCACGCUGGGCGUCUACGCCACCGAGCGGUUCACCUUCUCGUCGUCGUCCGGCGAGAGGGUGAGUGCCCUGCUCGGGUUCGGCUGCGGCAGCAUGAACAUCGGCAGCCUCAACAACGGCUCCGGCAUCGUCGGCUUCGGGCGGAACCCGCUCUCGCUCGUGUCGCAGAUGUCCAUCCGCCGCUUCUCCUACUGCCUCACGCCCUACGCCAGCGCCAGGAAGAGCACCCUCCUGUUCGGCUCCCUCACCGCCGGCGUCUACGACGACGCCAGCGGCCCCGUCCAGACCACCAGGCUCCUGCAGAGCCCUCACAACCCGACCUUCUACUACGUGCCCUUCACCGGCGUCACGGUCGGCACCAGGCGGCUGCGGAUACCGCUCUCGGCGUUCGCGCUCAGCCCCGCCGACGGCUCCGGCGGGGUCAUCGUCGACUCCGGGACGGCGCUCACGCUUUUCCCGGCGGCCGUGCUGACCGAGGUCGUGAGGGCGUUCCGCGCACAGCUGAGGCUCCCGUUCGCGAACAGCAGCGGCCCGGACGACGGCGUGUGCUUCGCGACGGCGCCCAUGCGGAGGCGCGGGCCGCCGGUGCCGGUGCCGAGGAUGGUGUUCCACUUCGAGGGCGCGGACCUCGACCUGCCGCGGCGGAACUACAUCCUGGACGACCAGAGAAGAGGGAGCCUGUGCCUCCUCCUGGCCGACUCCGGCGACUCGGGCUCCACGAUAGGCAACUUCCUGCAGCAGGACAUGCGCGUGCUCUACGAUCUCGAGGCGGAAACAUUGUCGUUCGCUCCGGCGGACUGCUGACGCGCGCGCAUAGUUACAUACUGUAGGUUUUAAGGUAACGCGCAUGCAUUCAAAGGAGAUCAGCAUGCGCAUAAACAGAGACGCAAGGAAACAGAGCUGUAAUAAAGUGGUAACAUGUUUUUGCUACAGAUUCCAUAAGGUCAAAUCUUGGCUGAAUGGACAGAGUUGCGCACGUGUCACAUGUCACCAAACCAAUAGUUGCACAUAAAGGAGAUCAUGCAUUCGGUUUAGACUGGGAUAAGAUAGUUCAGGUAUAAACGACCGGGAUUUUGAGUUGAAGGUUGGAUUUGGCGAACCACUACAACUUGAGGGUUUGAAAAAGACUUUUUCCUUUUUCAAA